AUGGAGACAGCUGGUGGCAUCACCUUCUACGGCCUGCAGCUAUCGGUGACCAGCCUGGGCGGCGAUCCCUACCUGACUUUUGUUCUGGCAGCCCUUGUCGAGCUGCCAGCAGUGAUCGUCUGCUACGUGGCCAUACGGUGGUGCAGGAGGCGCCCGACAUUGCUCGCUGUGUACGGCGGCGUCGCAUUGAGCACCCUCGCACUGUGCUUGCUACCGCUGGAAUGGACCUUGCCACGUCAGCUGUGCGGAAUCGGAGGCAAAAUGCUGGCAUCCGUGUCGCUCACACUGGUGUGGAUUUUUGCAGCCGAAGUGUUCCCGACGCUGUAUCGAACACUGGGAGUCAGUGCCUGCUUCAUCGGCACGCGCGUUGGCGCCUCGACCGCCCCGUUGCUGCUUGAGCUGAGAACAUAUCUCAGUGACUCUGUACCUAUGGGCACCUUCGUCGGCUUCGCUGGACUUGCUUCCAUGCUGAUGCUACUGCUACCAGAAACUUUCAGAGUUGUCCUUCCAGACACGAUACGGGAAUCCAAGGAGCUGGGAAAUUCAAGGUAAGUAGCAGAGGU